UAGCAGAGGCUUUUCACAUCAAAAGGUUAACUUGCUUACGCACACCCCCACCCACCACCCCCAUGGGAAAGUCCAAGUUUAAAUAUCACUUAAAGAUCACAUUGCAGUUCAUUUCAUUCGUGGACCGGCAGAGAGAGAGGAAAUGUGCACAGACAGCUCUUCGCUCCAGCCACACAAUUUUUAUCAGCUUUCAAGUAGGAUUUUAAGAUCAUCGUCGCUUUAAUACUAUUAGAUCUUUGACCGUGCAGAAUGGACGUGGUGAUGUCGACUUUGUUAUGUGGGGUUCUCCAGAUCCUGUACAUUCAGACUGUUCUUGGCAAUGGUUGCCUUAGUUCCCGGGGAAGUUGCUGUAUCCUGUGUAACCCUGGGUAUUUUCUGACUCAGGAAUGUGGGCCUUGUAAGCCAUGUCCUGUCACAGGCUACACAGACAAGCCAAAUAACCAACUAUACUGUGACCACUGUCAACGCUGUGAAGGAAUAUUCAGCUAUAAAGAGAAGUGCACGUCUACAAGUAACGCUGUAUGUACAUGCAUUCCUGGGAAGAAAUGCACAGAUGAAAAGUGCACACAGUGCAGAAAUGACCGUUGUCUUGCUGGACAGCAGCUUGUUGGAUCAAAAUGUGUGACCUGCCCCCUGGGCACAUUCAACACUGGGGCAGAAAGGAUAUGUACACCAUGGAAAAACUGCUCAGCCCUUGGAGGCAUAAUUAUUAAUAAUGGGACCCAUACAUCAAAUGUGGUUUGUGGUGGAUUCUUAACAAAGGCUACAAAAUCACCAGGCCCAUCAUCAGAGGUCAACACCACCACAGACACAAGGCAAGUUUUGGUACCAUCACCUGGAGAAAGUCAUUUGCAAAUUAUCUAUAUUGUAGCCUCCUGUGCAGUCAGCUUGUUGUUCAUAGCAAUUUGUGUUGCAUGCCGGUGGAAACUUACUGAAAAAAUUAAACACGUUUGCCAAGAAAUUCCAAAGCCUAUAGUGAAACAGACAGAAGAAGAAGAUGGCUGUAGCUGCCACUUUCCAGAAGAGGAAAAUGGAGGGGAAAAUGAACCCAUGACACUGGAAGCCUGACACUGCUACAUCUCCACUUCUCUAUAUAGACAAGAUCAGGUUUUUUCUCAGACAGCGUUACACAGGAUUACCUUUAUAUUACAUGGAAGGUUCAGGAUUAAGAGGAUUCCUUACAACUAUUAGUUCAGAUCUAAACCUAUUAUGAUAUAAACUUCAUGGUGCAGAAAAGUACAACUAGAGGUACAUGGGUCCAUAUAAACAAGGCAGUGACUUGGAGAACACUGCUCAAAGAUCUGGAGGAAUAUCCAUCCUCAGAGCAUUGCCUUACAGUUCUGUAUCCAAUGAGCUAAUAUUGGUCUAUAGCUGGAUCACACUGGCCCACCAGAAGACCAAGAGACCAGCAGUGCGCACAGACAGAAUCAUAAUGAAACAUUGAUACAAUAGUGGCCAUGAAAAGUGUGAAGCCCGACACAUUUUUUCACAAAUAACAUAUUAGUCUUUGUUGAGAAUAAAGACAGAAAUGGACAAAAAUGGCAGCUUUAGUUUAAAUCGAAUGCCUUUUACAAGCAAAGUUUUUGCUCCAUGUGAUAAAAACUGCAAAAAAUCCUUCUUAGGCCCCUUGCAGACGAGUGCAUGCGGAUUAGGUCCGGAUGCGUUGCGAAUGCGUUCAGUCAAAAAUGCGCGAUUUCGCAAACAGUUAUGUAUGCGAUUG